AUGCGAACCCAGGCUCUGCUGCCUAUCCUGCUUCUCUGUGUUCUGCUGCUGCAGGCCCAGGGAGGGUCCUAUAACCAGAAGAAGAAAAAGCAGCUAUCACCAGAAAUCAAGGAGUGUGAGAAGAGAGCCAAAAUAUAUCUGUGCACAUUCCCCUGCACACAUCACCGACAGUGCCAAGCAAACACCAUAUGCUGUUCAACCUUCUGCGGGAACGUUUGCAUGAACAUCCUGUGA